AUCUCAACACAGAGAGGCAUUCCCACACAAAUGUGUAGGCAGACUGACCACUGAAACUGUCAAUCAAUAAUGACUGACAGAUCAGACUGCACGUUUCUACAAAGUGGGAGGAGUCAAGCACCUGUCAGUCAUGGUGUAUUGGUGCAAUCUCAGGAUCCUCCUACACAGUGGGAGGAGUCUAGGCUGUCCAUCAAGCAAAUUCCUCAGGUGUUGCUGGUGCGGUGUGUGUGCAGUUGGGCCUGGGAUGCUGGCUCACGGACCCUUGGAGCUAUCUGUACACACUGGCUUCACAUUUACUGGAAUAUUUCAAUAUUCUCAACAGGUGUGUGACCACCUGUUCCUUCAAGCUGGAUUAAGGACACUUCGGACUGGGACUAUUUCACAUUGAAAAGUUGAAAACAGAUUCUUUAUGGAUUGUUGAAGUGGAGUGUAGCCACCUGCUUCCUGCAGCUGGGGCCCCACCAUGCCCAUAAUGGAAUGGACCUAGGCAGUGACCAGUUCUGGAUAACAAAGGCAGCACACUGCAGAUUAAGAUGUCGUGUCCCAAUCUGAGUCUAGACAAUGAUGGUAAUACGACCUCUGACCUCCAAGACACCCAGAGUGCGGAGGAGCUUCAAGCAAUCGCCAUCCAAUACUAUUUCAUGAACAUUGGCAUCCCUGUUGUGUGUUCGUUUGGGAUUGUUGGCAACAUUUUAAACUUAUUAGUGUUAACGAAAGAAAAGCGUCAACGCACAUUGACCAAGAUGGAGUUAUCUGCCCAUAUGGGCCUCAUCGCGCUUGCCUUUUCUGAUUUCAUGUUUUGUCUAUUGGCACUGUUGUUUGUGAUGCUACCACUGAAGGGUGUUUACGUCCUUGGCGAUGCUCUGAUCUACUAUGAUUGGCUCGGGGGAGGCUUCAUCACUAUGUUCAUUGUAACCAGCACUUGGUUGAUUGUUGUAAUGGCUGGUGAACGGUACAUGGCCGUCUGUCAUCCCUUUAAAGCCAGGAAUCUUAUCUCCCUUCGUCGCACUCGUAUCAGUAUCACAGCUAUAUUUGUUGGAUGUGCCUUUUGCACCAUACCGAUCUUCAUGCAAACACGCAUUCAACACUUUCAAUGUGCUGACAACAUAACUUACCUCCAUGUCAUAGAACGAAGCAUGUUCACGCGUAAAGUUGUAGCAGCCAGACGUCUCAUGUGGUCGGUGCUGUUUGAUUUCAUUCCUUGCGCUGCUCUGAUCUACUUCAAUAUCUGUCUGAUAUGGAAGAUUCACCAUGCCAAGAGGAUGCGGAGGAACAUGGCCCCGAUGCAGUGCCAUGAACAGAGUAGUCUGUACAGCGCAAACAAAAACGGAACGCUUUCAACAUCUGUGAGUUUUAAAAGAAGUCCUGGACAGAUAUCGUACAAGCCAUCCUGUUCUGUCGAGUUGGAGUCUCAGAGCUACAACUCCAGCCCCCAUCAAACCAAAAUGGCGCGGCAUAUUUCGCGGAAACGAUCCACUGAUAGUGCGUUGAACAGCGUGACAGCAACUCUGGUUGCCGUAGUGAUAAUGUUCCUUAUUCUUGUGUCACCAAGUGAAUUGCUCAAAUUUGUGUUGAACUACACCACAGACUCCCAACAGUAUAAAGUGAAGAUCGUGAAUGCCAUCACUAAUUUUAUGCAGGCACUGAAUUUUUCCACAAACUUUGUGUUGUAUUGUGUAAUUAACAAGUCAUUCCGUGAAACACUGACAUCAAUAUUCUCUACAGUAUAUUGUAGGAAGAUGCUCCAAAGUCGAGAAGAGCAUCUCAUCCUGGAGAGAUCUGGAUGAAUCACACGAUGUGUGCAGGGACAUUUUUCACAAAGCGAUCUUAUUGCCAAGCUUACGCUGAACAAUAUGAGUUAAGACAAUCACAGCACUACUUGCUUUGUGAAAUUGGCCCAGGACAUUAAUAGUAGAGCUUAAACAGACUUUGAGACUACUUAUCCUUAUUUAGGGCUAGUAAGCCAGACAGCAUGGCCCUUAGUGAAGAUAUAGUACUCCAACGGAACUUCUUUUUUUUUGGUGUAGUGAUUCUGCUAGAAAUGUUGCAACCUAAUUUUUGAAGAUUAUUACACAAUUGUUUAAACAAUGAUCGCUGUACAGCUUGAAAUGUGAUGUUAUAUUAUAUAUGUGUUACACUGCUAAUAUAUUCAAAAUCUCACAAAAUCGAGGGAAAGCAGGAUUCUAAUCUAUUUUAGCCACAACAGAGCCUGAUAUUAAUACCUAAAAGGGAUUGACAAAAAAUACUUUGAACCAAUGUGAGUGGAAAAAAACAAAGGCCAUCCCAAAAAAUGUGUAAUUAUACUAUUAAAAUCAGUUAAGGACACCUGAUUCUUUCAUAUUACAAUAGUUAAUCUGUCAUGGCAUGACGGAUCAAGUUUUGUAAUAUGUUUGUUUGUUUCUUGUUGAACGCUGCACUCAGCAAUAUUCCAGCUCUAUGAUAGCGGUCUGUAAAUAAUCAAGUCUGGACCAGACAAUCCAGUGAUUGCAUCACGAGCAUCGAUCCAUGCAAGUCAGUGAGCCUGACCACCUGAUCCAGUUAGUCACCUAUUACCUCUUAAGACAAGGGGAGUCACCUUUUACGGAAAGCCUCAUUUUCGAAGACCUAGUCUAACCUGGAUCUUCGCGGGGCUUUAGUAAUAUAAAAGAAAAGGGUGGUCCUUAAUACUUUUUGAGGAGUAUACUAUGUAAGGGAUUGUUGUGUCAUGACCUAGUCAGCAAUAUUCUAGGUAGUUUCAACAACUGUGUCUUGACCAGACAAACAGUAGUAUGAGCAGAAGCAAUGUCAACCAGAUUGCUUCUGAGUGAGUGAGUUAGUUGGGUUUAACACCGCUUUUAACAUUAUUCCAGUUAUAUCACGGCGUAUCAGCUUGAUGUGGGAGAAAGUCCGAAGUGAUGUAGGUCUCAGAAGAUUGCAUCUGAAGACGAGUGAAAAUCCGAAAGAACUAACUGUCUUCUCUAGAACCUCAUCAUUUCCUAAACCACUCAUCUGAAAUGACCUGUAGACUAGUUAAUAUCAGUCACUUGUUUGUCUGGUCCAGAUUGAAUUAUUAACAAGCUGUGGUCAUUUCCCUUGGAAUAUUGAUGAAUGCUGCGUUAAACAAGACACAAAUUCAAUUGUGGUAGGUAUUUGCUGAAAAUGAUACCCAUGUGAUAUUUUCUGAAAAAAGAUCUUGAAGCAUCCCAGACCACUUGGCAUGAGACUCCAAUGGUAGUCACAGCAUGUGAGUAAGUGAGUUGGGAUACCACAGCCCAAAACAAUAUUUAAAUUUUUAGCCUUGAGAUUUCUCAUGAUGCAGUAUCCAUGAACAGGGUUAAAAAUUGAGACAGCAUAGCCCUGUUCGUGGAUUGCUUCAUACAACUAUGUACCAGCCCACAGCUUAUCAGUUAAGAUCAAGCCAUUGAAAAUAUAUUCCAGAAGGGGCUUUGUCUUUGUCCAACAUUUAUGCACACAAAUACUUCUUCACAAAAUUAAUGUUUUCCUUCUUAGAUGAGCAAUUUGUGUCUAUGGUUUGAUGUAGUGGUUGCUAAAGAAAGACAGUUAUCACAGCCGCCAAAGCAUCUGAAAGACGUCAAAGAAUGCAACAGUUGUCUUAAUCACAUAGCUCUGUCAUUGUCAUAUUCUGUCUCUUAUAGUCACUGACUUCAACACGACGGCCUUAUCAAGUGGUCAAGACACUGCUGGUCAUUCUCACACCGGUCAUUGUUGGGAACUAAGAAUAUAUGUAUGAUCUCAUAGUAACAGCUCUAACCUCACUCAAUUCUUACAGUGACCGACUAGCCUCAGUUGAGCUGGGAGUCCAAGUUUGAAGUCAUCAAAAAAAUGUUUUCUUUGUGUAAUAACUCAUAUUUGAUUAUGUACACAGAAACCCUUAUAUUAUGCCCACUGAAUUAUACAGACUGAAGAAUCAUGCCACAUAAAAACAAAACUGGUUGUUGCAUCACAACAUUCCAUAGCUUCUGACGUUUAGCCAUUGUGGUUUGGUUUGGUUGGUUUUGUUGUUUAACGCCGCACUCAGCAAUAUUACGGCAAGCAUGGGUUGCUGAAGACCUAUUCUACCCCGGAAUCUUCACGGGCCUUAGCCAUUGUGACAUCACUAACUUCAUUAUCAAACAGAGGAACGUUCUUGAUUGCCGUGACUGGUAGUUGACUUGCCUUUGCAUGUGUUUGUGACAGGUGCAACCAGUGGGGCAGGCUCAUGAUAUAGUCAGAAUCGUACAAUCAACUAUUGAACAUGGAAAGGGUUUUGUAGCUGUUAUUUAUCUAGAAUCAUUAUUCUAUCAACUAAUUUACAUUUCUUACCAUGUAUUAAGUGAGGAAAAAGUAUAUGUAUACAGUCAAACAACGUGGUGUCGAAGUUGAAGGAACCUACGUAAAUACUUCGAGUUAUCCAGGGUUUGACAUAACCGAAAAUGAUUAAUAAAGAAGGAACACAGAGGGACUAAGCUUUUACUUUGAGACAACCAUAAGUUUGACACAUCAAAGUUUGACACAACAGUAUUUGACUGUAUUAUCUCCCUUUGUGUCGGAACUACAUUCUGUCUGAUCUAAUGACACAUGGUCAUUAAAAUAAAAGGAGAUUUAGAAGCCAGGUACAACAUACAUUACAAAGAGAAUACCUGUGAAAUAAGUCAAGUCUCAUGCACCGGUCUUAAAAAUAUCAACGUGAUAGGGUCACUCAAGGUAGGAACCUUAAUUUUUCAGCUGAAUACUUUAUAAUAAAUAGCCUAUAGCAAGUAGCCUGUUUAUCAACAUUGCAAUCAUAGUUUAUCAACAGUCUAAGAAGAAAAUGUAAAACUUUCUGAUUUUUUCUGAGAAUAUUGUUUCCUGUAUCAAUGAAAGACUUAUGAGGGUUCAUCAGGGAAAAGAAUUCCUGUCGGACCACAGAGUUUAUUAAUAGCAUAUGGGCUGAUUGAGAUCAUAAUAUUACUCUAAGAAAUGGUGGCUUAUUUUAACUCAUCACAUAUCAAUUUAUCAUGCUCUUCUUUGUCAAGUUUUCUCCUUUUUGCAUAUGACAAUAAAAUUGCAUAUCGUUGACUGUAA